CGGAAGAAAAACCUUCUGAGACAAGGUGAUUUACAGUGAACAAUAAAUUUGAUCACACGUUUUACAGUACAAAGAAACAGUUCUGUGAUGCCAUGAUGUUUUUAAUUAUGUACACAGACACUGUUCAGUUUUAUUUGUUUCAGAAAUCAAGUUUUAGUCCCACUUGAGAUGGAGGCCCAGACAGUGACGUGGUUUGUUUUUCUGGUCCUAACAAAAAAUGUCUCUACAAGUUACACUCCCUUUGAACUACAACCUGGUUCGACGGCUGAGGCCACUGAGGGAUCCUGCUUUGAAAUUAAAUGCAGUGUCAUAAAAGAUUUAUAUGAUCGUAGUGCAUACUGGUUUUGGAUGAAAGAUGCACAAUAUGACGACAAUCGUAAAGAUUUUAGCUCCACUGUCAUUUACAGCUCAAAAAGCUCGACACGUCCGGUCAGUCCUGACUUUGCAAACAGAGUGAAAUUCACCGGUUCCUCAUCUUCAAGUUGGAGAAAUGGUCACUCUUGCAGUAUUCUGAUUUGUGACCUGAGAACAAGUGACAGCGGACGGUAUUCUUUUAGAUAUGUUGAGACGGGAAAGAACCGUUGGGCAACUAAAGAUAUGACCCUCAAUGUUAAAGAAAACCAAUGCCUGCUCACUUUUAACUUUGAACCAACUGUCGUGGAGGAGAACGAAUAUGUCACACUCACAUGCUCCACUCCAACUUCAUGUCCUUCAAACCCAUGCAUUCAAGAUGUGACACAGCGCGACCUGGGAGGGUUCACAGGCACUUAUGGAAAAAAGAAAAGCUCCACCUACAGCUUUAUGUCCAGACGGGAGGAUGACAAGAGGGUGUUCUCAUGCAAAACACAGGACAACACGGACAAAUAUUUAAUUCGGAAUAUUACAGUCACUGUUGAAUAUUCACCUGAUGUUGAGAUAAAGAUAAUGGCACCAGUGUCUGCAGUUAAAAGAGAAACUAAGAUCAUUGUGACCAAUGCAGUGACUUUGGAUUUAACAUGUGACGUGAAGAGAAGCAACCCACGACCUCACACCUACACUUGGUUAAAAGAUGGAGCAAGAGUUGGUUGGAAACAGAAUUAUACUGUAGGAAUGAUCCAGCCUGGGGACACAAGCUUUUACAUAUGUGAAGCCACUAACAGAAAAGGUACAGGAAGAUCAAAAGAACUUCAACUGGACGUUCAAUAUAAGCCGAGGGGGACCAAAAUUUCUGUCAGUGGCUCUCCUGAUCACAAAGUGAAAGUUAAUCAACGUGUCAAGUUCACCUGUAACACCGAAGCCAAUCCUGCCCCGAGGACUUACUUCUGGUACAAACAUAAUGACUCACAGUGGAAGACCACAGGAAGCCCUACGCUGGAUUAUAAAAUACAAAGAGCAGAUGAAGCAUGUUACAGAUGCAGGGCCAUCAACCACAUUGCUGAAGGGGAUACGAGUCAGCCAGUGUGCAUACAAGUACUGUACCCACCCACCCAACCUAAACUGUCUAUGCCGGCUGAGGUCACAGAAGGUCAGAAAAUCACCAUCAGCUGCACUGCUGAAAGUUUCCCACCGUCACAUCUCACCUUGACAAGGAUCAACACAUCAAAUCAUCAGUCUUUAGGAAACGCUCAAGAAGUUAAUUAUUCACAACCCAACAACACUCUCCACCAAACGUUUACUGUGACUUCAGCCCACGCUGGCUUGUACAGCUGCAGUGCCUGGAACACCGAGGGCAUGAAGCAAAGCGAGCAGAAGCUUGUGGUGAAAUAUGCUCCAAAAAACACAAACAUCACAGGGUCGGCUGAGAAGCGGGAGCUCGAUGGGAGGAGCUCCGUGACGCUGAGCUGCACCAGUCAGAGCGUUCCCCGAGUCCACCACUACACAUGGUACAGAGAGAUAAAGGGCAAAAAAGAUGAAGUUGUGUCCAACUAUCAAAACCACACUGUGUACUCAAACCAGCCAGGAGCCUACUACUGCGUCGCAGAAAAUGAAAUAGAUAAGAGAUCAUCUGACUCAGUCCAUCUGUUUGAACGAGACUUCUUGGACAUCCUGAAGUUCCUCGUUCUCGGUCUACUUGUCCUGAUUUUUCUAAUUUUUGUCGUCUUGAUUUUAAGAAACAGGAGGAAAAAAUCUAUUCAACAAGGAGAAAGGAACACAACAUUCAUAUUUGGUUAUUUGUGUUGGCGUAAUGGUACCAGGAGGAGGAGUCUGAUGAAUGAGACCGUCUCUGCGGAGCCUUUCAGGAGCAGAGACGACCUCUUGUCAGAGAAUUUGAGGCGUCCACAGGCCCAACGACACCAGCAGCUUCCAGACAGCACGCCUCUGACCAACAUCGACGCUGUUUACAGCGUUGUGAAUCUGCCCAAGGGUGCCUCUGCACAAAAUGGAGACACAGAGGCUGAUUCUGUCAACUACGCUUCUCUGCAUUUUUGGAAAAAGCCAAAGAACAGGCAAAGACAGGAAGAAGAACACGCAGUGUAUGCGAUAGUGGCCAAGCCAAAGAAGGAACCAGACAGCAUGCAGGACUAUGAAAACAUUAGUAAGGCAACUGCAUGUGCACCCAAAUCUCCAAAUCUAUUUGACGACGGUGAAGAUGAAGUGGAGCUCAACUAUUCACAGGUGAUCUUCACAGCGAUGCCCCCACGUCAGAUGACCGACAGCGACUCCAGCACCUCAAGCGAGGAUGAGAGUCAGUACUCUGCCAUCAGGAUUUGACCCAAGAUGUUCUUCUCCUGCUUUUUACAGCAACAUGUGUGACAAAGGUUAUAUUCACAAUAAGUCAUCACAGAGUGUAUAACCAGUUCAUGUGUUAAGCAAAAAUAGGUUGUAAUCUUAAAUCUACAGUAAUGUAAGCUGGCCAACAAAACGUAUGCAGCUACAA